AUGCGCCGAAGCAAGACUUCCUCGCCCGCCGACCCCUCCUCUAGCGCCUCUGCAUCGUCAUACUCGACAUGGCUCCUCCUAGACGCAGACGACCACGCACUUCCCUUCCUCCGCACCUUUCACCACCCUUCUUCCAAACCAAACGAGCUAGCAAGCGGCUCAUCCUCACCCGCCGCGACAAGCUCUGAAAAGCUGACAGAGACAACCAACAUUCCUUCCUCCAGAGUGGCCUCCCUGGGCUCCAAUGUGCGUUCGCAGGCGAGCAAGUACGAGAACGAUGUUGCUGCAAAUGGAAGCGACAAGGAGAAAGAGAGGCGCAUGUCGUUGCAGCACCAGGCUGGGAAUGCGGGCAGUACGGGCAAGAAGGGCUUCAUGUCGCGGUUGAGGGCUGCUGGGGGGAGUGUGUCUAGUGCACAUGUUUUCAACGCGCCACCGAGUUCUGCGAAUGCAAUGUCGACGUCAGGAAGCUGGUCGCUCGUGGACGGGCCGGCACCGAUCAAGGAGCAGUCGACCGCGGCUACCUCGUCGGCGCGUGCAGUGCACCUUGCUUUUACGACAUUGGCUAACGAAGCAGCUACAAGACACGCUGAAGGGCUGGUAUCAAGAGCCUCAUCCUUGCUGCUUCCUAUUUCGAUGCAGGAGUCGAAGGAAUCGACGGAACAAUUUCAUCCCAACCGGCUGGAUGCAGCCAGCCUGACGAGUCUCGUCGCGGCGACAAGCUCAGAAGCAAUCUACGUCGGCUCAGCACGACCCGCUUCAGCAUCCGAAACGCUGCCAUCCUACCUCAAGGAGCUUUUCAACUCCUCUGCCGGCUCCUCUCUCAAACUCGUCCUUCUAGAGCCAGCAGCGGUGCGCCAGCUCACACCUGCGCAAGCGUCCUCGUUGCACGACAUGGCACGCUCUCACUCCCUCACGCUCCUGCUUCCGAUCCGAUGGAACACUCUGUGGACAGCGAGCAUCGAAGAAACCUUGCUCGGCCUGGAAAUCCUGCACGACCUGGCAGACGAACAGGAGGACGCGAUUGCUGCGAACGGCGACGCUGCGGAUGUCAGCCUGGACAAGAGCUUCGACGUGAGCAUGUCUAUUAUCCCCACGGGUCUGUCCGGCGAUGGGCUUGAUAAGGUUGCAGAGUUGGAGGCGGUGAAGAUGCAGUUGGAGCAGGUGAAAAGAGAGCUGGGGAACAGGGAUAAGAGGAUUGCGGAUCUCAGUAAGCAGGUAGAGGAGCAACACAAGCAGGCAAAGCAGCAAGGAGCUGCAGCGGAAGGGCCGGGCUCGGGAUUGGCAUCUACCCGCGCCGUAGUAGUGGAGCCAAAGACACCGGUGCGAUCACCUGUUCCUGUCGCUGCUGCUGACACAGCUGUGACCCCUGCUGCGCCGACGCAGCCCAUAGAGGCUGUUCCUGCGGCUACUUCGCGCACCCCUGGGCCCACAAUCAAAGCAACACCAGCAUCCGACACUGCUGCCUCGAUCUGUACCCCUUCAACAUCGAUGCCCAUCCCCAGCACAUCUCCGCAUCUUGCAGCCGCAACGUCCUCCCCUGCGCCCAGCAGUAGCACCAGCACCAGCACAGGAGGACCAACGCUUGCACCAGCCGCCCCGAUCUUUUCACCGCAACGCCACGACCCCUCCUCUGAGUCACCCACAUCCUCGCCCGCUGCGCGCUCUUCGGGCAAAGUGAUCGCGGCGCUCACGGCCGAGCUCGCCGAAACGAAGUCUUUACUCGAAGCCACCCGCUCUGCGCUGUCAACCGUCAAGUCGCAGUCAGCCGCGUUCCAGGCGCAGGCGGACGAGAUGCGGGCGACACUCUCGCGUGCGCGGCUGGAGAACGAUUCGUCUGUGACGAUCUUGUCGCGCAAGGACCGGCAGAUCAGCGAGGCGCUCGAGCGGGCGCGCAAGGCGGAGGCGGAGGCGCGCGAGCUCGGGCGUGCGUCGCGCGAGUGGGGGACGCGCAUCAGGGAAGUUGAGGAAGAGUUGGGCAAGGAGCGCAUCAAGCGUAGUCGGGCAGAGCAGGCGUACGAGCUGGUGGGCGCCGAGUGGAAGACCGCGCGCGGACGGCUGGUUGACGAGGUGCGUCAGCUGAAGGAAGAGCACAAGAAAGCCGUCGACGGCCUGGCGGACGAGUACCAGAAGGUCCUCGUCUUCAAACAGCGCCUCCAGGACGAGUCCUCCCUCCUCUCCACCGACGACACGCACCCCGACGAAACCCUCAUCCCACCCACCAAACUCGUCUCGGAGCUCAAACAGCUCCACGCCCAGAUGGAAACCCACCUGCAGGCACAGCUGCAACCCCUGCUCAAGCAGCUCCACGCCUUCGAGGCCAGAGAGAACAGGGACGUCGUCGACAGGCUCCAGCUGCUCACCGACGAGUUGACCAGGAUCAAGACACUGAUGCGCAGAGGGGAUGUCGUGAGUGCGAGCCAGGUGCCUGCUGGGCCGUUUUAA